AUGAGUGCUCUUCUGCCUUUCCGCGACAUUAAUGUCCACGCUUCUUCCACCCACUAUGCAUUCUCAUCCCCUUCAUCGCCUUCCGCGCCCACCCUUGUUGUAGAGCGUCCGUCUGGUGAUAUCCGUCUUCAUGAUGGCAAGCUUCUGGGUGGUCAGAGAGUUACAAGCAUCCAGGGCAUUCUCGGAAUCAUCAGUCUACGACUUGACAAGUACAUUGUUGUAAUCACAAAGGCUCAGGCUAUGGGCAGAAUAAAGGGUCACCAAAUUUAUAGAGUGGUCGCUACUGAACUUCUGCCUCUCCGCGAGAGACAGGUUCGCGAUCCUGAUGAGGACAUCUACCUUGGACUAGUCAACACUCUACUCAAGACUAGCCCUCUGUUCUUCUCUUACACUUUUGAUCUUACCAACAGCUUCCAAAGACAGGCCGAGAUUGAUCAAAGUUCUCCCAUCUGGCAAAGAGCUGAUGAUCGCUUCUUCUGGAAUAAAUUCAUCCAAACAGAUCUCAUCAACUUCCGUCAAGGUCAAGGAUCUCGCCGUCAAAAUGUCGGACCUCAACCUGCUAUGGAUCCGUAUAUUCUGCCUGUCAUGUAUGGUAUGCUCAGAAUUACCAACACCUCAGUCAAGAGUGCUCCCAUGACUUUCAUCCUCAUCACACGCCGUUCAAGACAUCGCGCUGGUACUCGCUACUUUUCCCGUGGACUGGACGAGCAAGGACAUGCUUCAAACUUCAACGAAACCGAGCAGAUUGUUAUUCUAAAUGACGAUGCUUCGAGUGGAAUGACUACGUUUGCUGGAGAUGGCGGCUUCUCAAACAACAAACUUCCUGGUGGAGAAACACAAGUUCUGUCAUACGUUCAAACAAGAGGCAGUGUUCCUGUUUACUGGGCUGAAGUCAACACCCUGAAGUACACUCCCAAAUUGCAGAUCAGAGGUGUCCAAUCUGCCGUCCAUGCAGCAAAACUCCACUUUGACGAACAAAUCAAGCUUUAUGGAGAGAACUACUUGGUCAACCUUGUCAACCAAAAAGGUCGCGAGCAGAAGGUCAAGGAGGCAUACGAGGACAUGGUCAAGCUUCUUGUUUCGAACCCAGCAGAGGAUACAGAAUCUGAUCGCACAACGAGGGAGAAGUUCCACAUUGUAGAACCUCAGGGCGGCAGACACGAGUUUGAUAAGCUGCACUACGUCUACUUUGACUUCCACAACGAGACCAAGGGCUUGAAAUGGCACCGCGCACAACUCCUUCUGGACCAACUCAAGGAUGGUUUAAUGAAGGGCGAGUACUUCCGUGGUGUUGAUAAGCCAAGCGGUGGUGUUCAAGUCUUGAGUCGUCAAACAGCAGUCGUCCGUACAAACUGCAUGGACUGUCUGGAUCGCACCAAUGUUGUCCAAUCCAUGCUUGGACGCUUCACACUCUCUCGUAUGUUGACUGAUGUCGGCAUCUUGAAGGCUGGAGAGAAUGCUCAGGAGGAUGCUGCCUUUGAGCACUUGUUCCGCAAUGUCUGGGCAGAUAACGCCGAUGUUGUCAGCAAGUCUUAUUCUGGAACUGGCGCUCUCAAGACCGACUUUACUCGCACUGGAGAGAGAACACGUGCUGGAGCGUUGCAGGACUUGAACAACUCCAUCACUCGUUAUGUCUGCAACAACUUCCUCGAUGGACCCAGACAGGACGCAUUUGAUCUAUUCCUCGGCACGUAUGCACCAGAUCCUUCCGGCUUGGGUUCGGCACAUCAGUUUGCAGACACAAGACCGGUGCUGAUUCAGUCCCUGCCGUAUAUCUUGGCCGGCUGUGUGUUCUUCAUCUUCAUCUCACUCUUUACUCGCCGCUUGCCGGAUGCUACUGUCUGGCCACUGAGGAUAUUUGUUUUCCUUUGUCUUGUUGGUGCUGCUUGGUCUGCAAGAUUCAUCACCUCGCAUGGAGGUCUUUACGUCAAUUGGCCCAAACUUAACACGCCUGCACACGCUCUUGAGAGUUAUCAAGAAUCACUGGAUCGUGUGAGUAGAGAUCCCCUUCUUGGAAGCAUGGUGGCCAAGCACGGUCGUGGCAAGAGUGAUGCAAGACUCGGCUACAUGGAGGAAGGCAAGAAGCGUAGAGAGUAG